CCGCCUGCGUCAGUGCCCUCGCCAGAGCCCGUCCGCCCAAGAGGCCUUCUUGAUCCGCGUCCUCCUUGCUUCUUUGCUCUGAGAGGAACUGCUUCAUCACCGGACCUUGGCGGAAUCACAUUAAAAAAAGACAAUUUCUCCAACUGAGUUACAUUAUAUCAACCAAACUUGAAAGCUACUGAACCAUGGAAGGAAUGUCCGUGGAAGUUGCCGUCAGAAUCAGACCUCUGCUUUCCCAAGAAGUUCUCGAUAAUCACCAAGUAUGCGUGAGAAAGAUCCCAAAUACCCAGCAGAUCGCCGUUGGGAACAAUCACACCUUCACAUUUGAUUUCGCGUUUGAUGAGAAUUCCACCCAAGAUGACAUUUAUACGAGGUGCAUUCAGCCUCUAGUGAUAGCCUUGUUGGAGGGAUACAACGCUACAGCCUUCGCUUACGGACAAACCAGAUCUGGGAAGACGUACACCAUGGGAGGUGAAUUCAACGCUGCAGCUGGCGAGGAUCAAAAAGGCAUCAUUCCACGUGCCAUCCAAGAACUGUUUCAAAGAAUCAACCGGAAAUCCCACAAUACUGACUUCCAAGUAACAGUAUCAUACAUGGAGAUCUUUAAUGAAGAACUGCAUGAUCUGCUAGAAUAUGAGGCAUCGGUGGGAGAGCUGUGCAUAAGAGAAGAUGAAAAAGGCAACACCGUGAUCGACGGAGUCAAGGAGGUCCCCGUGAGGAGCACAGUUGAUGUAAUGAACCUGUUGGAGAUGGGGAACGCCGCGACCAUCGGGAGAAAUGCCCAGCCUCCUUCCAGGCCCUCCCAUCUGGUCCUCACGGUCAGCGUCUCUCAGCAGCAGGUGAAGCAGCACCUGAGACAAAUGGAAGGCAUGCAGUACAAAUUGCAGCCGACCUUUCAGGUCAUCUGCUCCAAGUUCCGCUUCAUGGACCUGGCCAGCCUCAAGCGGGACCCCCAGGCCGGGCCUGCACCUGAAGCGUGCGGCCUUACGGUCCUAGAGACCGUCAUAAACAUCCUGGGGGGUCCGCACAAGAGAAUCUCCCACGUCCCAUACCGGGAUUCGAAGAUCACCAGGGUCCUCAAAGAUUCCCUCGGGGGCAAUGCCAAGACAGUAAUGGUGGCAUGUGUUGACCCGUCCAUUUCUGGCCAGGACGGGUCCCUGAAGACCCUGCAGCUCGCCAGCGUGGCCCAGGGCAUCCGGAACCGGCCGGUGGUCAACUACAACGUGAACGUGGCCCGGAUGAACGAGAUGGAGAAGGAGAUCCAGUACCUGCAGGACGCGCUGGAGAGCCAGGAGAUCUGCUAUGCCAGUCAUUUCACCCAGAUGACGGAGAGCUUGAACCUCAGCGUGGGCAAGAUCCGCUCCCUUGAGGACCUGGUGACCCGGCUGCAGAUCGAAUGCUCGAGUUACACGAGCAGUAUCGACGAAGCCCGCGCUCUGCUGAGCGACAUGGAGGGGGCUGGGCUUGGCGAGAACCAACAGGGCCAGCUGCACGAGUGGUUCCAGGUGAUCCGGGAGCUGUUGAAGAGGGAGAGUCGGGCCACAGUCGGGGCCACGGGGGAGAACCCCCCAGACGGCGCCACCCCUCAGCCGAGAGAGCCUCUCGGACGCCAGGCAUCGGGUGAUCCUUCUGAGGUGUCUGGAGAAAGGCCAUUCGGUGCCCUCCCUACCGAGCAUACGAAGCGAUUCAGAAAGAGUAAUAGAGAACCACCAGCAUCGAAGAGGAGGAGAUGUGAUUUUAGAACUUAUAGCAAGCGACAAGUGAUUUCAAGGGCAGCGAAUCCACAUGCAGAACAGAAAUCAAAUUUAAGUCAACAGUACGAUCAAAAGGAUACCGAAACUUUCUCAGCCAAUGAUGCCAGGUCAAAAAUCGAAAAGUUCUCUCUGGAAGUUCCAAAGCUAGAGCAAGAAGCAACGCAAGCCAAAGAGGAAUUAAUCCAAAUUGAAAAGCAUUUGGAAAGUGUGGAACACAAAGAUGACAGAAAAAGCGCUUGGAAAAAAAACUUACAGCAAGAGAUCCAGAAGAAGAGUGAUGCCCUAAAGCCAAAAAGCCAGCUUUUGCAGAAGAACCGUCAAAAGUCCACGGAGCUGACGAGACUCUUCAAUCUGAAUAAGAAACGGGCCACUGAUCUUGAGCAAUCCAUUAAUGACAUGAAACACCAGCAGACCCAGCUGCAAAAGAAAAUGCGGGAGGAGUCCAAAAGAAAGUGUUGGCUGGAGGAGGAGAUGAGGUGGCAGGGACAACAGAUCAAAACACUUGAGUCAGCUAGACUCCAAAAACAGGAAACAGAAGAUGCUGCAGCGGAUAGCAGAAAUAAUCUUCACCGCAUCCAGGCAGCUGGAACCGGUCUUAGGCAGGAAGUGGGGGUCUUUCCCAUGGUUAGGCAAAAGACGCCUCAAACUCCAUGCCUAUCUGCGAUACCUGAGAAUCGAGACCACAUCGAGGUGAAUACUUCGCAGGAAUCUGAAGAGAAGCUUAAGUUACAGGUCACGACCCUGCAAAAGACAGUCUCCCAACAAGAGCAAAUGAUCCAGAAACUUGGGACAGCCCUGGAACAUCUCUUACAAUGUAUCAGCUGCCUUCUGUCUCUGAGGGGACCUGGGAUAGAUCAGAAGAUGCAGCAGAUGUUGACUGAUUUCAAAGCUACCGUUUUAAAUGAAAACAGUGGCAGCUAUUUUGCACAAAUCAUGGAGACUUUUGUCAAUGAAAUCGGGAAGCUGCAGGAUGGUUUGAUUAACUCUAAAAGCAACGGGGAACUAAAGGAGCCUACAGAGGAGAAUGGAAGCAAGAAAGUAGACCAGCAGCAACCAAUACCAGGGGACAGCGUGCAUGGUGGACACCUGAGUCAAGAAGAAAACCUCGCAGAAGAACUCUGGUCGGAAAGCAUGUCGGAAAGUUUCAGCCAAAGUGAGGGAGAAAACUUGGCGGAACUCUCGUCAGAAGACACUUCAGAAAGUCGCAAGCAAAGUGACAAAGACUUUUCAGAAGAGCUCUUGUGGGAAGACACGUCGGAAAGCUUCAAGCAGAGUGACGAAGAAGACUCUGCAGAAGCGAUCUCGUCGGAAGAUACAUCGGAAAGUUUCAGGCAGAGCGACGGCAAAAGCUUCACCGAAGAGCUCUCAUUGGAAGACACGUUGGAAAGUUUUGAGCGGGGCUACGAAGAAGACUCUGUGGAAGAGCUCUCUUCGGAAGACAGGUCGGAAAGUUCCAAGCCGAGCGACGAAGGACACUUUUCGGAAGAGCUCCAGUCGGAAGACUUGUCAGAGAGUUGCGGGCAAAGCGAUGAAGAAAACUGUGCAGAAGAACACCUGUUGAAAGUUGAGUUGGAAAGUUUAGAGCAAGGUGACCAAGAAGACUUCGCCAAAGAGUUCCCUCUGGAAGACACUUUGGAAAGUUUCAAGAGAAGCGACAGAGAACCCUUUGCGGAAGAGCUCCAGGUGGAAGACAGGUUGGAAAGUUUCGAGCAAAGUGAAGAAUCAGAAGAGAUGGUUAGCCUACUGGGAAGCCCCAGUACCCAAGAGGAUUCAUCCUCCAGUCGGAAAGUCCUAGGCAGUUGGGCUCAGCAUUCGUCAAGCAGCGACGAGCCCCCCGAAGCAGAUGGAAGCCUCUUUUAUUGCCCUCAGGCCUCCGAAAAGGAGGCAUGAGAGUCCUGGCUGGGGCCACUCCAUCUGUGUGGCCAACGGUAGUGAUGGGGUUUUCUCUCGGAACCACUGCCGUGACGCCUGGGUUUCAUUCAGGAACCCAAGGUAUCCAGUCGCUAAUUUACUUAGUCAUUUCCCGAAUGCCACUUUCCAUCUCCUCCCAAGAGUUAGCACGUAUUGUAUAGGUUAGUCGUGUUUUUGAAGACUUUGAUGAGAUCGUCAUUUUAAAGCCAGGGAAGAACAAGGGGCCAAGUUUUCAUCUUUGAAGUGGGGUUGUC